AUGAGCAACACCUGCCUUCCCAGCGCAUAUCCACCGCCGGCUUGGAUGCUCUCGCCCAGAGCUCGCAAAUUCGGCCUGACCUGCGAGUACAUGCGGGAGCGCAAGAAGAGAGGCAAGGCUUCCCGCAAAGAAAUAGCGGCACAGCAGGCUGCUGCUGCCGCCGCCGCUGCCGCUGCUGAAGCCGGCAACACGAGUCCUUCGUCAGCAAAUGGCUAUCCCAGUGAGGAGCAGCAGGGCAACAGCCCUGGCCAAACUCACGAGAGGGAAAAUCAGCACAAGCCCCCAGGACCUGACCUUCCACCGCCUAGCAAUGGAGCGCAGCGAUCUGCUAGCAUCGGAAGCCACAAUGAGAUGAACGGCGCAGCACAUUACGACAUGCAUCACGUAGGCAGGUAUGGUUCCGUGGGUGACAUCUCGGAAAACGGUGGGCAUCAUCAGAUGGCUGGGCCAGCCGAUGGUCUGGUGACUGGUCUCGCAACGCCACGUCUGUCCACAAACGGAGUCCACGACCGCAACCUUCACAUGAUGAACAUGUCAGACUACGGCUCCAUGGACGAUUACCAACGAGCUGUCGGAUCGCCCGGCGCCGUGAACGGGAGUAUGAUGCUGCAGAACGGCGGGGCCGUCAUGCACCACCCCCUUCUUGCUACCAACGGCAUGCAGGCCUACGGCGACAACUCCUACACCAUGCUUAGCCCUCAAAGCCAGCAUGGACAGCAGAACGGAUUUCGGAUACCACCAGGGGAGAGUCCGCUUGCGGGAUUUCUAGGCAACUCACCGGUUGCUGGCUCUCCUGGGUGGCUCUCUCUACCAUCGCCUUCCGCGGCUUUGUACUCGCAACAACACAUGGGAAACUCCCAGACCCUCCGAUAUCCAGUCCUAAAACCGCUGCUACCAUACCUGCAAGGAAUCAUCCCAGUCUACCUCGCCUGCGACCUCCUGGAGCUGUACUUUCAGAGCGCUAGCUCUGCUUUCAUGCAGCCCGUAUCACCGUACGUGCUCGGCUAUGUGUUCAGAAAACGGUCCUUUUUGCGGCAUAACAACCCUCGCGUGUGCAGCCCGGCCCUCCUGGCAAGCAUGCUCUGGAUAGGCGCACAGACCCACGAGUCGGCUUUCCUCACAUCACCCCCUUCAACCCGUGGGAAGGUGUGCCAGAAGUUGCUCGAGCUGACCAUCAGCUUGCUGAAACCACUCAUCCAUACGCCGGAUGCGAGCAACCAUGCUUCACCAAACUUUGCCGCCAACACGGUCAUCAACGGCGUCGCAUUAGGUGGCUUCGGAGUAGCAAACCCGAUAUCUGGGCGGUUGGCAGAGACUGAGGGCGGAACCCCUGGCGCAGCAGCAGCACUCGACGACAUUGUAACGUACAUGCACCUGGCUGUCGUUGUAUCUGCCAGUGAGUACAAGGCUGCAAGCUUGCGAUGGUGGAAUGCUGCUUGGUCGUUGGCAAGGGAGUUGAAGCUGAACAGGGAGCUUCCACCAAGCCCUCCAGCCCCUGGCCGAGAGACAGGAGAGGAUGCUGAUGCGGAAGGGGAAGUCGACAUGGAUGUUGAUAUGAACGGGAUGAACCACGGCCUGAAUGGGCAGGUGCACACGCCGGGAACAAUCUCGGAGGAGGAGCGCGAGGAAAGAAGGAGGAUAUGGUGGCUUCUCUACACCAUGGAUCGCCACCUGGCCCUUUGUUACAACCGACCACUGUUCUUGCUCGAUGUCGAAUGUGAGGAGCUGCUGCAACCCGUCGAGGAGUCGAGAUGGCAGGCAGGGGACUACUACACAGGCAACUCGGACCAAUACUCGGACUCAUCAUCGCCAUACUACCGACGGAGAGGCCCAUCUUUCGAAGUCACUGGACACUCGAUUUUCGGAUACUUCACGCCUUUAAUGACGAUACUAGGGGCAAUUGUCGACCUCAACCACGCUCGGAACCACCCCAGAUUCGGCAGCCGGUUCCGCAACGGCGACGAGUGGGAUCACUACGCUGCGGAGCUUUCGCAGCAGUUGGAGGCCUACGGACGGAGCCUGGAGGAGUUCGAGAAGCGCUUCACGAGCAACCUGACGGCUGGAAAUGACAACGACGGAGCGGAAAACGGCAACCGCGACGCGGGCACACCGUCGGCGCAUUCGGUCAAUUCAUCGGGCUCCCGGAUCACUGAAUCAAUCAUCCAGACCAAGAUUGUGGUAGCAUAUGCCACACAUCUCAUGCAUACGCUCCACAUCCUGGUCAACGGCAAGUGGGACCCGAUUUCUCUCCUGGACGACAACGACCUGUGGAUCUCGUCACAGUCAUUUGUGACAGCUACAGGACAUGCAGUGUCGGCUGCAGAGGCGCUUAGCGACAUCCUCGAACACGACCCGGACCUCAGCUUCAUGCCCUUCUUCUUCGGAAUGUAUCUGCUCCAGGGCUCGUUUCUCCUGCUGCUCAUCGCCGACAAGCUGCAAGGCGAGGCAAGUCCCAGCGUGGUCAAGGCGUGCGAGACAAUUGUGCGAGCACACGAGGCUUGCGUAGUUACGCUCAACACCGAGUAUCAGCGCAAUUUCCGCAAAGUCAUGCGGUCAGCACUCGCGCAAGUGCGGGGGCGGUGCCUGGAGGACUUCGGCGAGCAGCAACAGCGGCGGCGCGAGGUGCUGGCGCUGUACCGGUGGACGGGUGACGGAAGCGGCCUUGCGCUCUGA